UUCUUGCUUUCCUUUCUUCUUUCUUCAUUACUUCACACAAUUAAAGGAAACUUCAAUAGCAAAUUAAGUUCAUUUGGUUUCAUUACCUCCCGCUCUGCUUCCACUCAAAUAACCUAGACCGAUCACCCUGGAGCAUAUACUCACUAACUAACUAACAAGAAAUCAACGGUCCCAUCACAACAAACAUCUCAUUACAAGUGGUGACGUAUAAUUUUGACCCAAUUACGCGAAGUUCUACACUAGUCGAGUACCAUUUCCAUUCAUUACAUUCAAGGUUUGCUUCAUCCGAGAAUAAGUACUAGAUUUGCGGCGGUUUUAUAUUUUUAUAAUUGCAGUUAAUUUCGGCAUCGAGCUCGUCCAUCAAAGCAACCCCGCUGUUGAACCACAAGACAAUUUAACCAACAACAACACAGGCAGUGUACGCAGCACCAACAAUCCUGGGAUCAAACAACUCAAUCCAAUAAUAAACAACAAUCUUUCAAGAUGGCCCCUCCCAGAAAGACUAGCAAGGCUGCUCCGAAGUUCCAGCCGAAACAAAUGGUAUUCGCCAAAAUGUCAGGAUAUCCCCAAUGGCCAGCAUUCAUAACUCCCGUGGAUCUUAUCCCUAAGUCUGUGAUGAAGGCCAAGAAGAAAUCAACCGAUUACUGUGUCAUGUUCAUCCCCGAUGGCGAUUUCUACUGGGUCACCGACAAGAGUUUAGAACUAUUGACGGCUCAAAAAUUGGAAAAAUCAUUGAAAGAUGUCCCUGAUGAAAUCAAGAAACAAGCAAAGUUGUUGAGAGGGAAAAAGAGGGGAAAACUGAGCAAUAUCAAGGAAGCACUCGCUGCUGCUGAUGGCUUGGAUUUCAAAACUUUCAUCAGAGCCUUUAAUGAAGACGCAGAAGACGACGAGGAUGAAGAGGAGGAAAGUGAAACAGAAGAAAAUGACGAAGUUGGGGAUCCAUCAGCCGAAGUAGCGCAAGAAGCCGAUGACGACCAGACUGGAAACGACGAGGAAGUCGAAGAAGAGGUGAAGGAGGAAGAACAAGAAGAAGUAGAAGAAACAACACAGCGAAAACGAGCAGAGCAACAAGAGGCACAACAAGAGGAGCCGGAACCAUCUAAACCCACCAACAAACCACAAACCCCUCCAGAAAGCAAAAGAAUCAAGCUGGAAACUAGUGAUGAAGAUUCAAGUACAGGAAAAGCAAAACUUACCGAAGAUGAGAAACAGCACCAGUUAUGGAUAUGCCGGAUCAAACUUCAACGAUCACUAAUACAGAGAAAUCAACCAACCACCCCCAAAGAUACCACUGGAUUGAAACCACCCACGGCUGACGAACUCCUGGUGGCUCGAUUGAUAUUGUAUCGAUUGGGCGACUUCCCUGUCAGUAAAGAACUAUUGAAAAAAACCAAAAUUCACAAGGUGUUGAAAUGCAUAUUGAGAGAUCCAGAAUUGGAAUAUCCUGAUAGUUUCAAAUUGCAUGAAAGAUGCGAAGAGUUGUUAUUGAAGUGGGAUCCAAUAGUACAGGCCUUGAAACUAGAAAAGCUGAGCACGCCUCAAAAAGCUGACAACGAUGGAAAAUCCACCACUGUCAACAAUGGAGAGUAUAAGAAAACACAGGAUGAAUCUGAGGGGUCUGGACUUGAACAAACCAUUCUGGAAGUUGAAGCAAAGAAGGAAAAUGCCACAGUAUCGAGCAAAUCUGACUUGAGAGGAAGAACCCCAACUUCGGUCGAAAGUUGAAACCGUAUUCAAAAACCUCCAUUCUUGGUAUAGAUUCGUCAAAAUGGUUGAAAAAUUCCCUUGCAUAGAAGAAAUAUUCCAAUGUGGAUACUCAAGAGUUCUAGAAGUUUGAAAUUAGGUCAACAGUGUGGAUUUCUUAUUUGUAUACCUUAAAUUAUUGUGUCAAGUGUGAUUAUUGUGUGUUAUAACUAAGUAUAUGUAUUAUUAUUAAUAACAAAAAUUUUCUAUUUUCACAGAAAUAAUGUCGUUUACCAUUUUGGCAAACUUUGUCAAGCAAACCCACCCGUAGUAAGCUGCCACAAUUGAAAUUUUUCAAUGCCAGUUUACGCGUAAAUCAUU